UGCUCUGCGCGUGCUCCUGCGCAAAUCUGUGCCGGUUGCCUGGUCAACCGAAUGCGCGUGCCCCUGCAAGCUGAUGUCGGGGGCGCGCAGUUGGAGGACUUAGUGGAGCAGCUCGGCCAAAAAGAAAAAAAAAAAUGAAUUAGACACGAAGCCUGGAACAAAUUAUGAUUCUGGGUUUGAUUUAUUUUGCCCGUUCUGUGUAAAUACAGUUUAUAAUGUAUUAUUUUAACCAAGUAAAUGACUUUGGAGAGCUGUUUACACAAACUCGGCCGCACUGAGGAUGAAGAAUAUGAUAGCGAGGACCUGCUGUCACUUCUCUUAUGAACGCUGAAAUAUAUUUGAAGAGGAAUUACACUUUUUGAUUCACUUUUUGGGCGUUUUAAGUUUAUAGGACUGAUAUUAAUUGCAGUUUGGUCAUGUUGUAGCAGUAGCUUUGGGUGCCUUUUCGCACAAUCAAAUAUUAUAUUUAUUUUAGAAUUUUAACACUCAUUGCCUGUUCAAGAAAGAGUGGGUCUUCGGGAUUUUACUGUCUUUUAGAAAUCGUGGGUUGAAUUUAUUGGACCCGAAGAGUUGGAUUAUAACCUACUGACGCCUUAAACAUGUAUGCUGGGCGAAAAAGAAGAAAACCAGUGCAAAGAUCGGUGAAGCAGCCCCCAAAUGAAGGGGGUAAGUCUAACCCGUCCAAACGCCAUCGAGACCGGCUAAACUCCGAGUUGGACCGUCUGGCCAGUCUCCUUCCGUUUCCUGAGGAGGUCACGAGCAGCCUGGACAAACUCUCCAUCCUGCGUCUGAGUGUCAGUUACCUGCGUGCUAAGAACUUCUUCUCUGUCGCACUGAAAAACCACACCUCCAAUGGUUUGUCGUCGAACAACAGUAACCGUGACAACGGUAAAGCAGCGGGAUUGGUUGACGGCUGGCUGAAUGAGGGAGAGCUCCUACUACAGGCGCUCAAUGGCUUUGUGUUGGUGGUCACUGCUGAGGGGAUUGUUUUCUACUGUUCUCACACCAUCCAGGAUUAUUUAGGAUUCCACCAGACGGAUGUGAUGCAUCAAAAUGUCUUCGAUCUCAUUCAUACUGAAGACCAGCAGGCCUUCAGACACAACUUGCACUGGGCUCUGAACCCACCUCCAACCAGCAAACAGACAGAAGAAUCCUCACACGAUGGAGAUCCUGCCCCAAGUAUGUCUCUGGUGAUGUGCAACCCUGACCAGCUGCCUCCAGAAAACUCCUCUUUCCUGGAGAGAAAUUUUGUCUGUCGUUUCCGAUGCCUCCUAGACAAUUCCUCUGGAUUCCUGGCCCUGAAUCUUCUAGGGCGUCUGAAAUUCCUGCAUGGACAGAACAGACGAUUGGAUGACGGAGGCCAAAUGCCACCCCAGCUCGCCCUUUUUGCCAUAGCAACGCCCCUACAGCCUCCUUCCAUAAUGGAGAUCCGAACCAAGAACAUGAUUUUCAGAACCAAACACAAGUUGGACUUCACACCAAUGGCCUGUGAUGCUAAGGGUAAAAUCGUCCUUGGCUACACAGAGGCAGAGCUGCGAGUUCGAGGUUCAGGGUAUCAGUUCAUCCAUGCAGCCGACAUGCUCUACUGCGCCGAGAACCAUGUCAGGAUGAUCAAGACUGGAGAAAGUGGCCUGACUGUGUUUAGACUGCUUACAAAGGACAACCGUUGGAAAUGGGUACAAGCUAAUGCUAGACUUGUCUACAAAAAUGGCAAGCCCGACUACAUCAUUGCCACCCAGAGGCCGCUUGUAGAAGAAGAGGGCGGAGAGCAUUUGAGGAAGCGAUCUAUGCAUCCUUUCACCUUUGCAACUGGAGAAGCAAUGCUGUACCAAAUCAGCUACCCCAUGCCAGGCUUCCCCGACACCCUUCAGGGCAAGGGCAAGAACAACAAAACCAAAAAGACCAAGGUGGACAAAAGCUCAAAGGAUGACGUGGACCCAAGUUCUCUGCUGGGAGCCAUGAUGAGACAGGACGAGUCUGUUUAUGUUUGCCAGCCUGCUAUGGAGCCAAGAAUGUCAUUCCACAGUAGCCUCUUCAAUGAGCAAGGAGAGACUAGCACUUUCUCUUCUUCCGAGAAUGAAAGUUGGAAUCCGGUGCAGAAUGGUGUAACCGUAGUCUCCAAACUGGAGCCAUCAAGUUUUGACCCACUACUGGCAACAUUAGACUCUCUGUCCCUGGAAACUGAGGAGAGCUGCUCUAACAGUGAGCUAUUCAGUGCCCUGGAAAAUCUUGGACUCAACGCAGAGGACCUGGAGUUGCUGCUUCUGGAUGAGAGGAUGAUCCAAGUAGAGAUGGAACCGGAUUACAUUCCAUCUCUGAAUGAUCUUCUCACCAAUAAUGAAAUCCUCUCCUACGUCCACGACUCUCUGGAGAACCGGAUAGAGGACUCGGCAGAUGCCGCAGCAUCAGAUUCUGUUGAACCCCCGAAGACAUGUUCUGCUCCCGACUCACUACCUGCUCCUCACAUCCCUUUCUGGCCUCAAAAACAGAUAGCACCCAUAAUUCAUCUCUCACAGCGUAUGCAGCAACAUCUCAAUGGCCAGUCGGUUUGCCACAAGUCCGAGAGUUGGAACCAGGCGUCUACAACAGACUCUGAGACUCCUGCUUUUAACCAGCAUGAUACACUGUUGGUGAACUCAGUACCAGUUGAACACAAUGGUCAUUGGGUCUCUGAACACUCACAAGCCAACUUGAACUCUAAACUUGGUGACAAGAUAACUAGUAAAGCACAGCCACCGCAAUGGCAGCACAACCAGUUGCUUGUCCCAUUCCAGUAUAAACAGAAAACAGUUGAAGAUAGUGACACCCCUCCGAAUGGGGUCUACGACGAUCCCCAGUGGCAUGGAUACAACUUCACAGAGCAAUUGGUCUCAAAUCGACCUUGUUUUCCCAAUGGCCAAAAGGCACACACUCAGACAUUGGGUACCCAUGUUGACUGCAAUAUGACUGACAAUUCAGAGGUGGAUUUUACAAUGAACAGCAGUUCAGCUGUGGAUGCAGGGCAGUUUCAGGCAGCCAUGGCUUGGUCUUCGUCCCAUCAACAGGGUUAUCAGAAACAGCAGCAGCAGCCAAAGUUUGCACCCAAUUAUUACGCCUCUUAUACCAAACAGAACUCCUCUCUGGAGCAUAUCCUGGGAUUAGUCACACCUUCAAACCUUCCCUCAUUGACAGAUUAUGGCUCUGAACUGACCCAUGACACCACCCACAGUAAGAUGGAGACAGGCUUUAUACUCAACUCCACUAGUGUGGCCUACUCAGGAAGUUGUUUGGUUCCCAACGGCAAUGCAGUGGCCACACCCGGCAACAGUCCCCACCCCCUUCCUGAGCCCCUCCUACCUCCCCCAGACCCUCAGACUACUGGUUUAUACCUCUGAACACACUUGAUAAAGAUCCGUCCGUAGAGAUGCCAUCAAUCACGAGAAGACUAUCAAACAAAACAUUUUAAAAAAAAAAAAAACUUGAAUUGCUUACCAACUUGAAUUACAUUAAUUUAAAUUCAAAUGAGCCAGAUUGACCUCUGGAAUAUCAAAAUAAUCCACCCAACAUAAUGUGAUGGUAUUCUCAUUGAUUUUUCUUUUUCUUUUUUUUCUCUAAGUGUCAUUAUCUACUGCUGCUUUGUGAGAUGUAGGGAAAUGUUCCAGUUGGCAGAUGCAGUUGAGAAAAUCAGGUGCGUGGUAUGUACGUGUGAGUGUGUCGACGCCAAUCGCCAAUCACUGGGCCACGUUCAAUGAACACGAGCUGCACAAAUGUUGUUCGUAAAAAUCAUGCUUGCGUGACUGUAAAUCACGUCGAGAGCACAUGCAACGUAUAGCUCUUGCAAAACUGAUUGUCCUGAAUCGCAGUAAAUGACUGAUGUUUAUAUGAACAGAAGAUUGGGAUGCAUAUUUAUUUAUGGAAAAAAGCAAGGGUGUAACCGACUGUUUAACGUCAAUUAUAAAGCAGUUAGCAGUACGAAAAAGAGUGAGACUUCUCUCGCUGUAGAUGUCACAUGUAGAUCUGAACCCUUCUCACUGUUACAUUUUGUGAGAUUAGAUUAUGGAAAGAUGAUUCUAGAUCAACUUUACAAAUCAACUUACCUUUUAGAUACAGGUGUUCAUGUGUAUAGUGAUUCCAGAACUAACCCAGUCUCGCGACGAAGGCGCAAUAAUUUGAAUUAGAAUCGGGCAAUGUCAUCAAAUUUUAACGUACAAUUGACUUGUACAUGUUCUAUUGACUUUAAAUUGUUUUUAAUUGGUUGAUUUUGUACAAGCCAACUUGCAUGUAAUAUAUUACAAACUCGCUUUGAUUUGUCUCAUUGUAAAGAAAAUCGUACAUGCCUACUAUUAAGAUUUUAAUACAAAUUAUUAUGCUUUUGUCAUUAGACUAUGUUGUUCGUAACUUACCAAUAAUGCAUUUCUAAAAAAAAAAAAAAAAAAAAACAGUUCAAGAGCAGGGUAUUUGUCUAUGAAAAGAGAUUCUGGAAGCUUACAUUGUUGAAUGUGUUGA